UAUUUGUGUGUGAAAAACAAGCGCAUGCGCUCCACGAGACCCGAGACACGGACGGGGAGCGUCAGACCGCAGCGGCAGCAGAUUUUCCCAUCAGCCGGGGGGGGAGAAGCGGCCAGGAGGUGGAGAGGACAGCAGGGAGAGAUGGGAAUACUGUAAUCCCGGGGGGGGGGGGAGGGAUGGACGGACUGAUUGAUUGAUUUUAAACGCACAGAAGCACGGAGAUUCUCACUUGACACCACCUCAUCCACCGUAUUCCGUUCGGAAGCGCGGCGAUGGCUGAGGGCAAGUGAAUUACGGGCGCGCGUCCAUCUGAAGUGAUGAGACAGAAACGCGCGGCUGGUUCCGUCUGUCAGGUUGUAUAAUGGAGAGCUCCAAUGGCUCCGACACCAAACCGCAGAGCCAUCAUCCUCAUCCUCAGGUGGAGAAGAAGAGGUUAAACCGAGCGCCGUCCCCUGCCAGACCCGUCCUGAAGGAUGUCCACUCGCGAACAGCCAAACCGAUCGUGCCAAAAUCCCCCAAAUUCAACAAGCAGCCAGCGUCCGCCGCGCCGGUGACACCUCAGAGCCGCGUUCCGAGACGCACCGUUCCGGGCGCGAAGGACAAAACCGCAUCAGCACCUGCAAGAAGCAACAGCAAGCCCUCAGCGACAAAAAAGGCCGUUAAGGUCACUCAGCAUGCAGCAUCCGAGACGAAACCGGCCUGCAAAGCGGUUGAUGCCGCCGCUCCGCAGAUCGCCAAGAGCAAGGGACGGCUGGCCCCGAUACGCGUCCCCACCGGACGCGGCGUUUGUCAGACGGACAGCAGCUCGGAUUUGUCCGACUGUCCCUCCGAGCCGCUGUCUGACGAGCAGAGACUCGCUCAGGCCGCCAGUAGCGAUGCGGAGUCGGGUAGCGGCUCCGGUUCGAGCGAGCAGGCGGCCGGGGUUCGGGUUCGGAUCUCAGGGGCGGGAGCUGCACCUGUGCCCGGUGCGCACGCGGACAAAUGCAAAGCCGAGAAAGACGCACAAUUCAAAUCGGAGGGCAAGGAAAUGGCCCAGGAGGAGCUGCUGAGGGAAAUCGAAGACCUUCGAUCGGAAAAUGACUACCUCAAGGAUGAAGUGGACGAGUUGCGAGCAGAGAUGGAGGAGAUCAGGGACAGUUACCUAGAGGAGGAGGUGUACCAGCUCCAGGAACUGCGCAGGGAACUGGACCGCUCCAACAAGAACUGCCGGAUCCUGCAGUACCGCCUGCUUCGGCUUCUAAUCUUGAUUCUGAUUCUCUUCCUCUUUCUUUUUUAA